UAAGAUUUACAAAACACAGACCCAACUCCCACAAUCCACGAUUUCGAUAAACGACAAACGAGCGAUGGCCACGCACACAUGCCGGUUCAACUUAUGGUGAUGAAUCCGCCUGUCAUACUCAAACUAACGUAUACCUUAGCCAAUAAUAGUGUCGUUAUUCUAUUUAACUAGUUAUAGUUAGUUAAGUUGGGUAAAAAAAUAAUUUUAAAAUGACGGCAAACACUCACAACAAUACAAAAUUAAUAAUAUGCGCGCUCGGGAUAUUUGUUUGUUAUUUUUACUUUGCGAUGCUGCAAGAAAAAAUAACACGUGGUGUUUAUGGGGAUGAUAAUAAAAAUGAAAAAUUUACAUACAUGUUUGCAUUGGUAUUUUUUCAAUGUAUUGUUAACUAUUUGUUUGCUAAAUUACUAUUACUGACAGUAAUGAAAGAAAAUGAUGACAGUACAAAAACAAUUUAUUACGCUACCUCAGCUUUGACAUAUUUACUAGGAAUGGUAUCAAGUAAUAUGGCAUUAAGAUUUGUCAGCUAUCCUACACAAGUUGUUGGUAAAGCUGGCAAACCGAUACCUGUUAUGUUAUUAGGAGUAUUAUUAGGAAAAAAGACAUAUUCAAUGAAAAAAUAUUUAUUUACAUUUAUGAUCGUCGCUGGAGUUAUACUGUUUAUGUUCAAAGACGGCAAAGCAUCAGCAGCAAAACAAGCUGAGCAGACUGGGUUUGGUGAAAUACUUAUUGUCUUAUCAUUAACGAUGGACGGUUUAACGAGCGCGGUACAAGAACGUAUGCGAGCUGAACAUAAAUCAUCGUCUGGACACAUGAUGCUGAACAUGAAUUUCUGGUCUAUGGUAUUCAGUGGGCUCGUUAUUGCGAUAAGUGGAGAAUUAUUUGAAUUUGUUAAAUUUAUUCAACGGCAUCCAAACUCACUUCUGCAUAUUAUGUCAUUUUCAAUUGCUGGUGCAUUAGGACAGUUUUUCAUCUUCCGUACAGUAUCGGAAUUUGGUCCGUUGCCAUGUUCGAUUAUUACGACAACAAGGAAAUUUUUUACCGUUCUAGGUUCUGUGUUGCUAUUUGGUAAUAGUUUGUUACCUAGACAAUGGUUGGGAACAUUAAUUGUCUUCUCGGGUUUAUUUUUAGAUGCCGUUUAUGGGAGAAAUAAAAAUAUUAAAAAAGAUAUUAGUAAAUAAAAUUCAUAUUUAGCUAAUUUUUAUUUUAUUUUUUUUUUUUUUAAAUAUCUUAUUAAUUUGAUAUUUAAAAAAUUUAUGAGAAUUUACUUAUUUAUGGUCAUAAAAAAUGGUAGGAAUUUAAAAUUUUCAAGAUAUUCUUAAAAUAAUGCCUGUAUUUUAUAACACUGAAGUUAGCUGACGUCUAAUAAUUUUUUGAUUUGUUUUUUAAUGAUAAAUUAUAAAAAAAAAAAAAAAAUUUUUAAAAUUGCACCUAUAUUUUUUUAAAUUUUUUACAUGUGCAUAUUUUCAGUUUUAUUUUUUUUUGCAGCAGAUUUUUUGAACAAAAAAUCGGAAAAUUUUUAAUUGUCUUAAUUUCAGAAUCAUUGACAAUUUCAUUUAUUUAUUUAUUUCUUUAAAUAUUUUUGAAAAUUAUAAUUUAUUUUAGACAAACUGAGUUGCAGGUGACAAUAAUGUAUUGAUAGUUAUACCCAAAAAUCAUAAGACUAUAGAAAAAUUUUUUUUUCUGAUAAAUUUGGCACCAGGAUAAGAAUUAAGAAAUUCAAAUUUUACUCAUUUUUAAUUUUUAAAAAUUUUAUUCGCUUUUAUAAUUCCUGGAAUAGGUACCGAUUACCAAAAGGACAUACAAAUAUUUAUAUGCUCUUAUGGAUGCCCGAGAUUUUUUUUUUACUAAAUUAGUGCAGAAAAAAAACAUUUUUUAUGACCGAAGACAAUUGUAAUAGAAGUGCAUAAUUAACAUAAUUUUCUUUUAUAAAAAAAGCCUAAUGCUCGAUGAUAUCGAUUAGUUAAAUAAAUAAUGGAAUUGAAUAGAUUUUUAUCAUGAAAAGAUGAAAAUAUUUUCAAGCUGAAAAUAAGGGCACAAUUGAUUAUUUUAUAGUGCUUCCAUAAUAUUUUUUUUAAAAAAAUUUUUAAUGCUCGACUUACGUUUAAUUGAUUUGUACUAUGUAUUGUUUAAGAAUUAAAAUCAAAUUUUAAAAGUAUUCAUUAUUCAAAUAAAUAUUCAACGAAUUUCUGAAUUUAAGACUAAAAACAUUUUUUUACAAAUAAAAUUUUUAGUCUUUAUUUUUUUUCUUCCAAUGGCGCAAUAAAAUUUAAACAAACAAAUAAACUUAUUUUACAAUUAAUUAUUAUUCAUUAAGUAAAAAUCGGCUACCGAUUAAUUUCGAGAGAGUGAUGAUAUUUUAGUCAAUUUUUUUUUGUUUGAGAUUAUGUGACUGUUACUGGGUAAAAAUAUUUCAACCCAAAAUAUUAAUAAAAUUUUUUCUCAGCUGAAAAGACGUCGGAAAAAGGACUAGGUAGUAAAUACAAGGAUGACAAUGAGCUAGGCCGAAAAAUGGCUGAUAGUUCGAAUAAUUAGACCUAAAAAAACCGAAAAUAGGCUGACUCAAUGUAUCUGCUAAUUUUCGGCCUUCAUAUUAAGAAUAAUAAAUUUUCGGCGUGAUUUCGGUCUCUUUCAAUAAAAUUCUACAGUUUCAUCGAAAUUUCGGUAUGUUUUCGGUUAAGUUUCGAUCUAUUUCAAUAAAAUUCUAUGGUUUCGGCGUCAUUCCGGCCAAAUUUAACAUUUUCAGCCUUUUUCCGGUGUAUUUUCGGCCAAUUACUUUUAUCCGGGCUUGACCAAUGAAUGCCUAAUGAAAUAAACAGACUCACUGCUCUUUUAUCCUUUUGAUUUAUAAAUAAAUUCAAAGACUAAAAAUAAUAAAAAAUGAUAAAACAAAAGUUUAUUUCAAAGCAUAUCAAUAAAUUUAUCAUCACAUUUUACAAUACUACCACAAUUUUUAAACCUUUGAUAUGAACAAUUCUAUUAUUUCUUUUACUAUUUCUAAUAUUUUUCUACCAUCGUACAUUUCUUACUCUAAAUAAAUAAAAUUGCUUACGGAUUAUUCUAAUUUUUACAAAUAGCAGAAUAGCAUAAAUUUAAUACCGACGAAUUAUAGAUAUUUUUUUUUUUAAUUGAUAACUUUUUUAAAUCAAAUACUCAAAAUUUUGAUGCUUACAAAUACUACCAUAAAUUUAUCAAUGAACAAAUAGUUUUUAGUUUAAUUCUGUUGUAUAUUUCAUAUAAAAAUAUUUUACGGGGCAAACACUUUAAACGUAUCGUAGUUUUAUGAAUUUUUAUCUCAGUAAAUAAAUAUGGUAUUCCCAAAAUUUUUAUUAAUAUCUUAAGUAUACAAAAACAAUAUUUUUUUUUCUUAUUAUCGAAUAUAAAAAUAAAGAUAUCAAUUUUACGCAAUAAAAACAACGAUUACAGGAAGUCAUUUUAUAGCUACUUGAAGAGAAAUAUUUCAGAUCUACGGAGAUAUAAAUUGUAUUGUCUAUUAAAAUGCCUGUAUAUCUAAUUGUGUAUUAUUUAGAUUUAUGUAGAUUUGAAAUAAAAAGUUAAUUAUCAAACAUCAAGUACAGAAUUUCAUUAUAAAUUUUUAAGAUUUAAAAGAAUAUCAUGAUGAUAAGAUUUUACGAUAACAUACGAGUACUUUCUUUGAGCCUAAAUCUUUAUAAAGAGACCGAAAAUAGAAAUUAAAGUUUUUGCAGUGAGCUUUUAUCAAAUUGGUCUAUAACUUUGAGAAAAAAAAUGAUUAAGAGUUUAAUUAAUAGAAGUGCAGUUUUCAAAUUUUGAAAUGAUAAUUAUGCAUUAACUUUUAAACUGAUCUUGAUAAUCUUUAAAUUCGAUGAAAAUAUUCUUUCGGAGAAUAAACAUGUUAUAUGUCGAAUUUUAUUUCGAUCUGAUAAGAUUUACAAAAGUUAUCACAGUAACAAAGCGUGAUACAUGUAUGAAAAAAAUAGCAGUGGGAAAAUUAUAGUUUUUAAAACAAAAACAGGAUCCUCGUAUAAAAAACUUCAAGUAUUAUAGUUUAAAACUAGUAAUUGAGACUGCGUCUUGUAAAAAAGUAAUUACAAUUAUAGAUACCAAAUUGUACAGUUUCUAAUGUGUUUUGUACUAAUGAAACUGUAAUAAUUACAACGUCUUGUAGUUUUUACCAGUUUCAAAGUAGAGAGACUUUGCUGAUAUUUGAAACUGUAAUUUUUUCAUUAUUAUUUUUUCUGUCUAUAUAUUUAUACAUAUAUUAAAGCCGCUAUUGGCUCAAUUGUGAAUUUUGAGACAAACAUUUCUCUUUUCAACGAAUUUACGGUAGUUCUCAACCCAUAUUUUGUUUUCUCAGCAAAAAGCUGUGUUGAGGCUGACAAAAAUUAUAUUUCUAUCUAAUAUCUGAACUCAAUUAGAGCUAAUUGUUAUAAUUUCCACGUAAAAUCAUCUAAUAACCAUAAAAAAUUUUUUUUCUAUCAGAUUACUUCAUUUCUUUUCAAUCGCGUCUCAUUUUCUGAAAUUUUGUAAAACUGUUCAUUUCAAAAUUUAUUUUCGAUAGCUUUCUUUUAUCAUUCACUUAAAAAAAAAAUUCAUAGAAUAAACGAUACAUUUUCUAUUGCCCUCUAAAACAGUAAACAAACAAAAUAAUUUGCAUUAUUAUACAAUAGCAUUCGUAAUCUUCAAGU